GGUCCCUUUUCCUUUGAGGAGGUGUCCGUCGAUUUCACUGAGGCGGAAUGGGCCCUGCUGGAUCCGGGACAAGGAGCUCUGUCCGGGGAAGUCAUGCUGGAAAACUGUGGGAAUGUGGCCUUUCCGGCAAAGGAUGAUCAGAGGAAUCAGGAGGGUGAGGAACUUCAUCAGGAGAGGACAGAUAUAGAUAAACAUGAAGACCUGAAAGAAAAUCCUUUUGAAUGUUCAGUGUGUGGAAAGAAAUUCAGUCAGAGUGUCCGUCUUCAACUUCACCAUAGAACCCACUCAGGGGAGAAACCUUUUGAAUGCUCAGAGUGUGGAAAGAGGUUCAGUAGGAGUGGCCAUCUUCAAGAACAUCAAAGAACCCACACAGGAACAAAACCUUUUGAAUGCUUUGUGUUGUGUGGAAAGAGAUUCGGUCGGAGUGGCAUUCUUCAAGAGCAUCAGAGAACCCACACAGGGGAGAAACGUUUUGAAUGCUCAGAGUGUGGAAAGAAAUUCAAUCAGAGUAGUCAUCUUCAACGGCAUCAAAGAAUCCACACAGGGGAGAAACCUUUUGAAUGUCCAGAGUGCGGAAAGAGAUUCAUUGAGAGUGGCAAUCUUCAACGGCAUCAAAAAACCCACACAGGGGAGAAACCUUUUGAAUGUCCAGAGUGCGGAAAGAGGUUCAUUGAGAGUGGAAAUCUUCAACAGCAUCAAAGAACCCACACAGGGGAGAAACCUUUUGAAUGCUCAGAGUGUGGAAAGAGAUUCAGUGAGAGUGGCAGUCUUCAAGUACACCGAAGAACUCACACAGGGGAGAAACCUUUUGAAUGUUCAGAGUGUGGAGGUAGAUUCAGUAGGAGUGGCAGUCUUCAACUGCAUCAGAGAACUCACACAGGGGAGAAACUUUUUGAAUGCUUAGACUGUGGAAAGAGAUUCAGUCAGAGUGGCCAUCUUCAACUGCACCAAAGAACCCACACAGGAGAGAAACCCUUUGAAUGCUUGGUGUGUGGAAAGAGAUUCACUGAGCAUGGCACUCUUCAAGUGCACCAAAGAACCCACACAGGGGAGAAACCUUUUGAAUGUUCAGAGUGUGGAAAAAGAUUCAGUGACAGUGGCAAUCUUCAACGGCAUCAGAGAAUGCACACAGGGGAGAAACCGUUUGAAUGUUCAGAGUGUGGAAAGAGAUUCAUUGAGAGUUCGACUCUUCAACGGCAUCAGAGAACCCACACAGGGGAGAAACCUUUUGAA